AUGACCAUCGCAGCUCGCCGCGAGAAACGGAAGCUGGCCAAGAAUCCUCCAGUCACGAAAUAUAAUUUGGAUCCAACUACUCCAGUCCAUCGACAAUCACUUGCAACUACUGCUCCUGCUCCUGCAAUGGUUGAAGCCAGGCAGCCCGCUGUCACUCCUCAAUUACGUUAUGCCAUUCCCGAUCAACCACAAAGAUCGGAGCUAGCUAUGAAUAGGAACAAGUCUGAGCAUAAAGGACAAAGUGAUUGGAUGGUCCCGUUCUGCCACCAUUCCGAAGGUGAUCACAAAACUGCCUUGGAGGGAUUAUUCGUUCCUUGUCUUCUAUAUGGAAAGACUCACUGGCGAUUGAAGAAUGUAGCUCUUGGGCGAGAUCCACAUAACUUUAAAUCUUCUGAUGGUUGCAACUCGAUGUGUUGGAUCCAUGGUGCUUUGACAGCUGCUUGUUGUCUGUCGAUUGGUCUUACUCUUAUACAACGUGCCCGGAUUCGGGCCCAAUACAGAAUUUUAGGGUCUAUGGGGAAUGAUGUUAUCAAGUCAUGUUUCUGUGGUCCAUGUGUUAUGAUGCAACAUGAUCGAGAGGUCCGGGCUAGAGAAGGUGCUUUGGGGCUGGCGAAAUACCCAAAUGAAGCACAAAUGUCUCGGAUACAACCCAAACUAUCGCAGCCAAUGAGAUAUGCCUCAAAAGCACCUUCGGCCGAAAAUCCUGGUAUAGAAAGCAGGAUAUUCAAUAAAGGAAGGCGUUAUACAAAUUCUGAGCUUCAAGAGGUCCCUGCAGUAGCUCUGAGUGCCAGUGAACAUAGCUGUCAGGGUUCGAAUAACCAGAGCACCGCUCAAUAUUGUGAAAUGGAGGAAUUGAAGGAUCAUAUGCUUAUGGAGCCGCAUAGGAGAGCUAUCAACUCCAGCGAUGCCGGUGCCGCUGUUGAUGGUACUACAUCUUCAAAACAGAAGACCCGAGAAAGUUCAGAGAGACUCAGUCUGGGCAGUAUUGCCAGCUGUAGUACAUUUGCCGUUGAGCCGGGUUCGCCAGUUUCUUCAAUGCACGGAAGCUAUAUACAUGUUAAAGGUUGCGAAAAGCUCUCUAGAAUGCCAGCAAGAGGAAAUCUCUCUUAUGUUCAUGACUUCUCUGACUACUCCGCUACCAAGGUUGUAUUAGAUCAUUAUGCGAAGGAAGAAAGGCGUUUGCAGGAGAAGGGAACCGUCCGUUGUCUCGCUCACUUUAAUGAAGAUAAAGAAAAUCUUCUGUUGCCGGUCUCGAAUGAUCUUGUGGUACCAUUUACCGUAUCCUCUAGUUCGGGCAUGGUUAGGCAGCAUACCUCUAAAGAAUGUGUUACUGAAAUGCCGCUUUCCGAGCUUGCCAACCCGCAUCGUAUCGACAGCUGCGCCGAAUCAGUGGAUUCCGCUUGGCUAUUAGAUAUGCCAAUACAACAUCGAAUUUCAAGCUGUUCCAUUAUACCUAGAAAUCCAUAUAAAAUCCGGGGGUCAAUAAGACAACACCGAAUAGCAAGCUGUCCUGCUACACCUGAGACCCCGGUUAUUAGCACUCCUGAAAGCUUUGCAGAAAAGGACCGCAUGCUAAGUUGCACCGUCGAGACCGCACCUCCAUCAAGCUCACCUUCUCCGGUUAUGCAAAACAAUUACUCACCCUCUAUCAUGGAUAUCGUGGAUGAUUCCAAUAUCUCAACUCCUCUCAUGCAAUAUUCAAAAUACGGUCAUCUUUUGGGCGAGAGUACUCGUGAAUCCGGCUCGCCUAUAUCUAGAUUAUCAUCGGGAUCUCGAGCUUUCAGUUGUACGGCGAUCAACCCUGUUGCUUCUCGCAAGCAACAUUCCCUAGAGAGUUGCCCUGAUCUUGCUGGUGAUUGCAGUCCUGCUACGAUCAGACAACAUCGUAUAUCGAGCUGUUGUGCUUCGAUUCCUUCCGGUAGCACGAAACAAAGCGAUGGAGAUGGAUCUCAUAGGUUAGAAGACUGUGACUUCACGACUGGAUCUUCUACGCCCACUCCCACUAAGCUAUAUAGGUUUUCAAGCCAUGUGGUUGAUAGUCCUCAAUCUAGUCGCAAAAGCUCAACGGUGAUGGCUCAUCUGAUGGAAGAUGGAUGUCUACUUUCUGGAGUUGCAAGUCCUGUCAAGCAGCAUCGUAUUACAACUUGCGGUGACAAUGACAGCCCCGGGAAUUCGUCAAGUAAUAAAAACGAGAACGGAUAUAUGCCAUCGGGCUCAUCAACUCCUAACCCACGCCAGCAUCGGGCCGUGAGCUGCAUCGCUUCUAGUGCCAUUUCGGAGUGCGACGAGCAUUUACUUGAUGAUUGCGAUUAUGAUUCUAAAAUCAGCAGUCCCCUUUUGCAGCACAAUGAGAUAGACUGUGAUGUAAGUUCAGUGUCGGGAGAAGAGCAGGGAAACUUGCUGGCGGUAUUGGAAGAACAGGAACAUUUACUAGAAGAUUGUGCGGCAGAUUCUGGCCCUUCCACUCCUCUCCGACAGCACCGAAUUUCAAGCUGUGUCGUCUCUAGCCCCUCAAGUAACAGAAAUUCAGUGGUAAAACAGCACAGAGCUUCCAGUUGCCCCUCUAUCAUACCGGCUGAGGGUAGUCGACCAAAUAGCAUGUCUCAUGAUUCUCUUCGACUUCCUGGUGGACAUCUCGUCGAUGUGAGUGAUAAUGAUCAAUCGACUCACACAAAUUACGAGGAUUGUCUACACACUCUGAAUGACUGUAUCACUCCAGCUGACAGAGCGAAAACGGAAGCCAGUGCAAGUCGGGACACUGAAUAUGAAAAAAAUAGCACGAGGAUUGCUCAGCAUUUCAGCGACCAAAGCUCUGAAUUUAAUGAGAAGUCUACUAUCAGAAAAGAAGGGAGUCGGAGACCUAGACUCAACGAUUUAGCUUCACACGAAAGCGAUGCUCAAUAUACACUUGCCCAAGUUCUCUCUUUAGAUCAAGAGAACCCCUUUAUCGGUGUGACUCCAAUGGACGGAGAUGGAACCAUGAGUAUGGCGAGCCGAAAAGGCAGCAUCGCACCUCCAGCACCAUUUCCAUCACCCGCUGAACCUUAUCCCUCGCCAGUCACGCCUUUGCAUAUUUCUGGCGCCUAUCCGCCAUCUAUCGCGCCUUCGAGCCUAAGGAAAGAUAAGAGGAGAUUUCCUUCGGAUCAAAGUUCGGCAGGGAGUGGGCUUGCUAGUUAUUUUGGAUUCGGUGGCCCGAAGAAGCCGUCAUCAGGGUUAAUCGAUGAUGUUGAUAGUAAUACCGGUAGAAGAGUCGAGAGUGGAAGUGCAAGUAGGGUUAGGAGUAUGGGCUUGGGGGUUGUCGAGCCGGUAUCAGUUGAGGAAUUGGAGCUGGAGGAGUUUCUGAGUUGA